GCCACUGCUGAUGUCGGUGUAAACGCUUGUCCCGGCGAUGUUUUGUUAAAGGCUCGCCUGCUCGCGGCGGAAACCGGAAUAUUCGGAAAUCUUAUCGUUUCAUUUUUUCGUUUUCUUUUCCGUUUCAUUUUGUUUUCGAACGCCGAGUUGUCGAGUUGAACCGGCCGGCGUGAAAUUCGUGUCGCGGUCGCGGUCGUUGUUGUCGUUUAUCGUCGUUUGUUGUUCGCCCCCCGGUUUUUAUCGUCUCGUCGUCGUGUCUCCAGCAUCAUCGUCGUCUCGUCCUCCCCACCUGCUUCGUCGUCGCCUACUCCUUACAUCGCCUUGUUCUUUCGCCCGCUCCUUGCACCGGUACUCCAUUCUAUACCCCAGAUAUUUUUUUUUGGUUUCCCUAUUGCAAAACUAAACGAAAACAAAAACAAAAGCGACCAAAAAAGCGGCCAAAUGUGGGGAGCAAAACACAAAGUGCAACUGCAAAAGAAGUUUUAUUAAGUGAAGUUUGACAAAACGCAUAACAAUAGAAGCAAAAAACAAAAAGAAAAACAAAGAAACAAAGUUGUGGCGUUUUGCCGUCGCCAAAGCAAACGGUAAACAAAGAGAGUGAGCGAGCCAAAAAGAAGAACCCAAAGAGAGCGCAGUUACAGUUAAGAAGUUGCAAAGAAGGAGCAGGAAGGAAUCAAAGCUUAAAAUCCAAUUAGAAAAUAGCCAUAUUUACAAAACCAAUAGGAAUUAUGAAGAAGUUGAGAAGAAAGCGGAACAAAACAAAACAAUAAGUUUGUAAGGCUUUGAAAAACCAAUAGGAAAGGAGGUUUCAAUAGGAAAAGGAUUUUAUCAGUAAAUGGAAUAUAUUUUAUUUAGCACACCCCUUUUUUUUUUUGUUUAAUUAAGCAACAACAAUUUAAAGCGGCUAUAUUACAACUAAAAUAAAGAUGAAAACAAGACAGAAACACAAAAAUAGAAUUAAAAGCAUUAGAUUAGAAAUAAAUUAAACAGUUAAAACUGUCUUAAAUUAAUAAUACUUAGAAACAAUUACUUUAAGACUUUAAAUUAAAGUUAAAAAACCUUAAAAACUAAUUUAAAAGAAAAUCAACACAAACUGAAAACCGUGCUGGAAAAUCUCAAUCUUAACCCAAACUCUUUUGGUUUUAUAUAUUUUUUUAGCAAAUAAAAAAGAAUUUUUUUGAAACAAACCACAAAACCAAGAAGUAAAAACAAAGUAAAAAUUACAAAAAAGAUAACAAGUGCAAGUGCUUUUUGAGUGUCCCGGAAAAAUAAAAAAUAAAAAUCGUACCUGCUGAACAACAAAACAACAACAAAACAACAACAAAAAACUAACAAAAAUCAAAUCGAAGCCGAAGGAAGAGCUGGGAAAUAUAUUGCUGAGAAUAUAUAUAUAACUUAAAAUAUAUAUAUAAAUAAGUUGGAUUCUGCAUGACGCACCUCUCUGUGUAGAACGGUUAUGUGAUGAGAUACGACGUCCAGGAGCUGCUACUUCAUCAGUCUGCUGAGGAUCCAUUCGCCAGGUUCGCCAAUGGGAUGGCAUAUCAUCCAUUUCUGCAGCUAACGCAACGGCCCACUGACUUCAGCGUCUCCUCGCUGUUGACGGCGGGUAACAACAAUAACAACAACAACAACAACAACAGCGGCAACAACACCAACAACAGUUCAAGCGGUACCAGCGCCACGCCCAGCGGUACCAAUAAUAAUAGUAGCAACGCCCACGUAUCGCCAACGGGUGGUGGUGGUCAGCUAUCGCCGCAGAGCAACCACAGCAGCAGCAACACCACCACCAACACCAGCAGCAGCAACUCCAACAACAAUAACAAUAAUAAUAACACCACAAAUAAUAACAACAACAAUAAUAACAAUAAUAAUAAUCACACAAAUAAUAAUAAUACAAGUAACAGCAAUAGCAAGCAAGGAGGAGGAGGAGCUGCCGCAGGAGCUGGAGCAGUAGGCGGACAUCAUCUGAGCAGCGACGAGACACCUUCGCCCGCUGGCAGUCCUGGCCUAGUGCCGCCACCGCCCGCCGCCCAUCCGCAACAGCCGCAGCCGCCGCCGCAGCAUCAGCAUCAUCAGCAGCAGCAGCAGCAGCACCCCGCGCAUCCUGCACAUCACUCGCCCAGUACGGGUGCAGUUGCUCCACCGCCGCCACCUCAGCAGCAGCAGCAUCUCCAGCAACAGCAACAGCCGCCGCCACCGCCACCGUAUUUCCCAGCAGCGGCACUGGCCGCUUUAGCCGGCAGCCCAGCUGGUCCACAUCCCGGCUUGUAUCCCGGGGCGGGACUCCGAUUUCCGCCGCAUCAUCCGGCCGCCCAUCCGCACGCCCAUCAUCCGCUGGGCAGCGCCUACACCACCGCCGAGGACGUGGUGCUCGCAUCGGCCGUCGCCCAUCAGCUGCAUCCGGCGAUGCGACCGCUGCGGGCACUACAGCCGGAGGACGAUGGCGUCGUCGAUGAUCCGAAAGUGACGCUGGAGGGCAAGGACCUGUGGGAGAAGUUUCACAAGCUGGGCACGGAAAUGGUCAUCACCAAGAGCGGCAGACAAAUGUUUCCGCAAAUGAAAUUUCGUGUUUCGGGACUGGAUGCCAAGGCUAAAUACAUCUUGCUACUGGACAUUGUGGCGGCGGACGAUUACCGUUAUAAAUUUCAUAAUAGUCGCUGGAUGGUGGCUGGUAAAGCGGAUCCCGAGAUGCCAAAACGCAUGUAUAUCCAUCCAGAUUCACCCACAACGGGUGAGCAAUGGAUGCAGAAAGUUGUUUCAUUUCACAAAUUAAAAUUGACCAACAAUAUUAGUGAUAAACAUGGAUUUGUAAGUACUACCAUCCUGAACUCGAUGCACAAGUACCAACCGCGAUUCCACCUGGUGCGAGCCAAUGACAUCCUCAAGCUGCCGUACUCCACGUUUCGCACGUACGUCUUCAAGGAGACGGAGUUCAUUGCCGUGACUGCAUAUCAGAAUGAGAAGAUAACUCAAUUGAAAAUCGAUAACAAUCCCUUUGCAAAGGGCUUUCGUGAUACUGGUGCUGGCAAGCGGGAAAAGAAUUGUUACAGGCAGGCGCUGAUGUCUAACCGAGGGUCCGAUUCGGACAAGCUCAAUCCGACGCACGUGAGCAGCUCCCGGGCACCGCUCCACCUGGGCCAUGCCGGCCGACCGCCCCACCUGCAUCCGCAUGCCGCGUUGCUGGAUAACCAGCAGGAUGAUGAGGACAAGCUGCUAGAUGUGGUUGGGCCACCACAGAGUCCGCUCCUGCCGCUUAGCCACUCGCUGCAGCAGAUGCAUGCCCACCAGCACUCCGCCUUGGCCGCCUGGUUUAAUCAUCUGGCCGGAGCUGGAGCCGGUGCCGGUGAACAUGCAGCGGCCGCAGCGGCAAAUGCCAGUGCGGAGGAGGCUCUAAGGAGACGCCUCCAGGCGGAUGCCGAUGUAGAGCGCGAUGGCAGCGAUUCAAGCUGCUCGGAAAGCGUCGGCGGCAGCACCGGCGGUGCCUUUCGGCCCACCUCAACGGGCAGUCCCAAGGAGGCGGUGGGUGCCGCUGCAGCGGCGGCAGCAGCCGGCUUGAAUCCCGGUGGUGGCGGCGGCGGUGGCGGUAGCUAUCCGUCACCAAAUAUCUCGGUGGGUCCGCCCAUUCACCCGUCGCCGCACCUGUUGCCUUACCUGUAUCCGCAUGGCCUGUAUCCGCCGCCGCAUCUUGGUCUGCUGCACAAUCCGGCGGCAGCGGCCGCCAUGAGUCCGGCUGGUCUGAAUCCCGGCCUGCUUUUCAAUGCCCAACUGGCGCUGGCCGCCCAGCAUCCGGCGCUGUUUGGACAUGCCUAUGCGGCGGCGGGACAUACGCCGGUAUCACCGCUCCAGGGUCUGAAGAGUCAUCGCUUUUCGCCGUACAGCUUGCCGGGUAGCCUGGGCUCGGCCUUUGAUGCCGUCACCCCCGGCUCGAAUGCCAAUCGAACGGGCGAGGGUGGACCACCUGGGCAGGGUAUGGAGCCAAGGAGCUUGAGCUCUAGUCCAAGGCCCAGGCCUGCCUCCCAUUCGCCGCCGACGCGUCCCAUUUCGAUGUCGCCCACCACGCCGCCCUCGCUGAUGAAGCAGCAACAGCAGCAGCGCGGGGCAGCCCAGUCCCAGAAUUCGCCGUCGGAGCUAAAGAGCAUGGAGAAGAUGGUCAAUGGGCUGGAGGUGCAGCAUAAUGGCAGUGCCGCAGCAGCAGCAGCAGCGGCGGCUUUGCAGCUGGCAGAGGAGGCGGCCCACCAUCACACCCAGGCGCAUCAUCACCAGCAGCAGCAGCAACAGCAGCAGCAGCAGCACACGCAUCCGCACCAGCACCAGCAGCACCCACAUCCACAUCACUCGCAUCCGCACCAUGGCACCACGGCGGGCGGUACGGAUCAGUGACAAUUACUGGACGGCCGCUCCGACUGCGAUGAUGGAGGCGGCGGUGGCGGUGGCCAGGAGUUAGACUUGGAGCUGGAGGAGGACAUCGAUGAGCAGGAGGAUGGCGAUCAGGAUGGCGAUGAGGAUCGCAGCUCGGUGAUCGAUCUCGAUUUGGAUGUUGACGUCUGACCGGGAACGGGUCAGCGGCCCAGCCUCUAGCCCCUCGUCGAGCAUCAACACCAAGCUGUAAUGUUGGUCGUCUAAAAAGUGGGUGAAGAGUGUAAAUACCAGGCGGAGCAGAAGCUGGAGGCAAGGAUUAACAUUUGUAGUAUAUAUAAAUAUAUAUUUGAAGGCUUGCUAAGUGUGGAGAAAGUCAAAGAAAGUAUCUUUAACUUGGAAUUUUUUUGUAGAAUUCUUUAGAGAGGCUUAGCAAGUCCACACUGAGAGAAAUAAGUGGUCAGUAAAGUCAAGAAAGUCAAGAAAGAGAGAGGGAUAGUUGCAAACGGGACAAACUUUUAUUUCUCCAGAGAUUUUGAGAAGAGGAAUAAAGGGGUAUAACUUUCCUCACACAAAUUUAUAUAUACAUAUAUAUAUAUACUUUAUAUAUCACCACACACACACACCUCCCCCCUCCCCCUUUAUAUAUGUAUAUGUAUAUUGCAACAUCAAAGAUGGCGCCUCUUUAUAUAUAUAUACAACUAGAACACAUAUAUAGUAUAUAUAUAAAGUAUAUAUAUAUUAAAAACAAAA